AUGCCUUCUCGAAGACCAUCGGUGUCGCAGCCGCUUGUUGAACCCCAUCACUACCACCCAGGGCAUAAAAGGAAUGGAAUGAUGCAUAAAAAUGGUUAUCCAGAUCAAACACGGGCUCAAGAUGAUUAUGAUAUGCCAGUUGGCUCUCGAGUUCAACCUCUCCAAGUGACUUUGCAGGAUGAGGAUGAGCUCCGUUCAUUUGCACACCAUGCUAAAGAACGCGGACAAGAGGAAUUGCCAUACGACUCAGCUUCACUCAAUGGAGCACAAGACACAUCUAUGAAUGCGCCUAUGAGCCCCACUAGUGCAUACCAGAAAACAAACCCACAAUCACCGACGGCACAGCAAAAUCAAGCAUCGCCAAAUAUGAAUUCACCCCCUCUGUCACAACCGGGUGCCGAUGCAUCGCCUACCGCAUGCCAGAGCGCACAGAAGGCCUCAAGACAAAAGAAGGCUGCAAAGGAAUGGGCACCGGCACGGUCACCACUGAAGAAACUGGAACUUACGUUGAACGAUAUAAGCAAGGAAGAAAAACGUGCGAGGGUAGAAGAGGCUGAAAUGCUACUGAGAGAAGCUCGUGCAGGUCGCCAUGGCCGUACUGUCAGCCGCGAUGCUGGUGGUAAACCUCAUCUUGCUCCAGACAGCGCUAGAAAUAAGGAGAAUGCGCGGAGGCCAACAAGCCUUGAAGAAGCUGGGUUGCUGAGAAGUCUGAGUACUAAGCAGAAGGACAAACUUCGUGAGAGUGCUCAGAUGGAAUUGAAAAAACCGGCUCUAGACCAGGAUUUUGAUGAUGAUGGUGAUGAAAGGAGUGGGUUCCGGUAUGAGAGGGCUCCUCCACCAAUGGGUUACGAUUCUCCCUACAAUUACAAUGAACGUGCGCAAUUCGCGGCCCCGUCGUCAAAAAGCCAGCAAAUACAGCGGCCCAGACAGCUAUUCGAUCCUGUUGAUGAACCAAACAUGAGAGCAAUAGAACUGGAAACAUCUCCUCAAACCGAAGAUCCAAAGAAUGGCCAACGAAAAGAAAAGCAUGCAUCUGUAUCAUUUGCGGUUCCUCCACCUACCCCUCCGCCAGUGUCUGAAUGGAAAACCGCAGUCAUCGGCCGUUUAUGUCUGGCUGAUUUCGACCUUCGCCUGCCCGAGAUGGAGCGGGACUGGAGAGGCCGGGGAGGUAGGGGACCUAGACAUGCCCAUAGAGGCAUUGAUAGCGGCCUGCCGCGAGUCUCACUUAAGAAAAACACACCAUUCAACCCACCCCUAUACCUAAAGUGUGGGCCUCUACUUCGAUUUACAGGCACAACUAAGGAAACAGUACACCUACUAAGCGGGCCUUGUGAGCGAGAGAUUUGGCGAGGGUCUAUCAUGAUUGUUACCCAGGAUUCAGCCUCAUUCUAUGAUACCCCACCAACUCUAAGGAUAUUCUCACAGCCAAAAGAAUUGCUUCCUCCCCCACCAUCUAAUGUUCCUAGUGACCAUGAGUCACCCCUUGCGCCGGAGUAUGUUGAUCCCAUAGCUGGCCUAGGGAAAGUAGGGAGAAAUGGUAACUUGCUCUAUGUCAAACCUGUUGAUCAUAUAGAGGAAGGCCUAGAUCUUUGCUACGACGAAACUGAGGAAGGGCUAUUCGAACGCUCUCCUAGCCAAAUUGAUUACGGCUCUAAUCGUCGUGUGUCCAUACCACCAGAUACAAGGAUCCAAGGAAUUGACGGAGAAAUGGUUGGGAAAUACAAAGUUGUCAAAGCUAGCCGAAUAUAUAUCGACCCUGGCAGAGACGUGACGUUCUGGCGAUUUAGCCUGGAAAUUGAACUUGGAGACAAGCAAGAACAUGUCGCAUACCGUAUUAACAACGGCUCUGUGGUAGGCUUCUGGGUACCAGCAAGGGGCCAGGCAAUGAACAUUCUAUACCAUACCGGAAAUGGUUUUAGUAUGUCUGUCGAUACAGAUAAAUACAGUGGGCCUGAUCCAAUGUGGAGAGAUGCCCUCAAUGCUCAUCAAACACGUCCGUUCCAUGUUAUGAUUGGGGGUGGAUCACAGAUCAACAAUAACCCCAUUACCGUUGAAGCUGACCAUUUCCGAAAAUGGCUUGAGAUGAAAGGGAAAAAUGAGAAGUAUGAGUAUCCUUUGAACCUGGACAUCAAAGGGGAACUGGAGGAAUUUUACCUAGAGAAUUAUGCUACUUGGUUUUCUCAGGGCCUGUUCGGCAUGGCAAAUUCCCAGAUCCCGAUGGUCAAUAUGUGGGACGAUAACGAUAUUAUCGGUGGGUAUGGCUCGUUUACGGAUGAAUUGAUGAAAUCCCCAGUUUUUUCGGGACUGGGAAAUGUUGCGUUCAAGUAUUAUUUACUCUACCAACAUCAGACUGCGGUUGAGGAGACGGAGUUGCACGAACCAAGCUGGCUUCUUGGAUCAGCUGAAGGACCAUAUAUCCGACAAAAAAGCAGAAAUCUGCUCAUGAACCUGGGCGAAAGGAUAGCCCUUUUGGCAAUUGAUUGCCGCACUGAACGAUCUAAAAUGGAUAUUAUGAUUGACGAAAGUUAUGACUUGAUCUGGGACCGAUGCCAUCAACAGAUCGUAAAGGGUGAAGUUAAGCAUUUGCUAGUGCUGGUUGGAGUUCCGGUUGCAUUCCCGAGACUUUCUUUAAUUGAGGGAGUUCUCAAGGGCCCUGCGAAGGCACUUGGACGGAAUGGUGUCUUCCGCAACCCGAGUAUGAAGAUCGAAAAUACAUCUGAGAAGAUGGAUGAUCAGUGGACCGCAAAGCAACAUAAACUCGAACGGAAAUGGUUGAUAGAAGAUUUGCAAGAACUCGCAGCCGAGAAGUCCAUGAGAGUAACCAUACUGGGAGGUGGAGCCAAUUUGGCAGCGGUUGGGCAGUUUUAUUCUGACCCCAACUUACACAUCCCUAAGGACAAGGACUACAGGUACAUGCCUAACGUAAUAGCUUCGCCCAUAGUCGAUGCACCUCUUUCAGAAAUAAUGACCGAUACCCUCAACAAACGCAACAAGGUGCACACCUUGGAUUUAAAGACUGUCGAGGACAUGCGGGCAAUGUUUCUACAUGAUGUUGAAGGGCGGCCACGAAAUAACAAGCGACUUUUACCUCGAAGAAACUGGUGUUCUAUCAGAGAAUACACUCCAGGAUUUACUCCUCCCUCUACACCCCCGGCCGAACCCACUUCCCCAGGCUCUCCAGCAUCUUCUGCCGAUAUGCGUCCAGGAAGGCUAGGGAGAACAUUGUCUAUGUCCCGUGGGGACAAACCACCCAAUGGGCUCAUGCGGCGGUUAUCUCUUCGGGGCCAACGCCCGCAAAUAAGUCACCCCAUCCCGAAAGAUCAAUUUACCCAGCGUAUGAGCUAUGAUGAACCGCGGCUACGAGGAGAUGGAAACCAUUACCAGCAGCGGACACAGAGCGACGCCAACAUAUCAAGGGACCCUACUCAUCACGACGGUGACGGCGACAGUUCAUCGCUGCCUAACAAAUUUGUUCGACGCCGCACCGAUCUGAGCCUUCGAGAGAUCAAGCAGGCAGCAAAGGGCGGUCCAGACCUCCACCACUUUAUUAAUAUAGAAGGCAGUUUACAUAUCACGUUUAAUUGUGAGGUUAAGCCCCGAGACCCGGCCGGGAUCACUACGCCAUAUCACGUUCUUAUCCCGACGCUAUCGUUCGAUGGAGAGUUCGAACCAAGCAUUGAAGCUGAGAAGAAGCAAUGGUGGAAACUAAGGAACCGUAAGAACAACAGUGUGGCACAAAUCGAUGGCCCUGAGCCAGAGGUUACAAAAGCCGAUGAGGAGCAGGUCGAGAACGAGGACCACCGCGACUACGGCCCGAAUCCGGGGGAACGCAGACAUGGGUACUAUGAUGAUGACGAUAUCAUCAGCGGCUCUCCCCGCCACGUCCAACAUGGCCACAGUCGACCAGGCGAGCUGCCAGCGUCCCCGAGAAUGCUCCCUCAGCCGCCACAGACUCAGACCAAACAUCAUUACUUCAACGCUGCUGCCAUGAACCCGGCUAAUGACGGUGAGCAUGGAUAUGACGGGAUCGAUGCAUAUCGUCCGAGGAAGAAGAAAUGGCUGGGGAUUCUUUGA